AGGAGGAGGAGGAGGAAGAAGAGGAGCGGUCCCGGCUGAGGAGGUCGACCUCCGGACCCCUCCGCGCCUCAUGGCGGCGACGCCGCCGCCCCGCACAUCCGGGACCCUCCGGCGGACGCGGCUGUGGUGAUUCGGCCGCCGCCGGCCCGCGGAGCCAUGGCCAACCCCGCCGGAAGGAGGAACGGGCCCGUCAAGCUGCGCCUCACAGUACUUUGUGCAAAAAACUUGGUGAAAAAGGAUUUUUUCCGACUUCCUGAUCCAUUUGCUAAGGUGGUGGUUGAUGGAUCUGGCCAGUGCCACUCUACAGAUACUGUGAAGAAUACGCUUGAUCCGAAGUGGAAUCAGCAUUAUGACUUAUAUAUUGGGAAGUCUGAUUCGGUAACCAUCAGUGUAUGGAAUCACAAGAAAAUCCAUAAAAAACAAGGUGCUGGUUUUCUGGGUUGUGUGCGACUUCUUUCCAAUGCCAUCAAUCGCCUCAAAGACACUGGUUAUCAGAGGUUGGAUCUAUGCAAACUGGGGCCAAAUGACAAUGAUACAGUUAGAGGACAGAUAGUAGUAAGUCUUCAGUCCAGAGACCGAAUAGGCACAGGAGGACAAGUUGUAGACUGCAGUCGUUUGUUUGAUAAUGAUUUACCAGAUGGCUGGGAGGAACGGCGAACUGCCUCUGGACGGAUUCAGUAUCUAAAUCAUAUUACACGAACAACUCAGUGGGAAAGACCGACACGACCAGCAUCUGAAUAUUCUAGUCCAGGAAGACCUCUGAGCUGCUUUGUUGAUGAAAACACUCCAAUUACUGGAACAAAUGGAGCAACAUGUGGGCAGUCAUCUGAUCCUAGACUGGCAGAAAGGAGAGUCAGAUCCCAACGACAUAGAAAUUACAUGAGCAGAACACAUUUACAUACUCCUCCUGAUCUACCAGAAGGCUAUGAGCAAAGAACAACUCAACAAGGUCAGGUGUAUUUUCUACAUACUCAGACUGGUGUGAGCACAUGGCAUGAUCCAAGAGUACCUAGGGAUCUUAGCAACAUCAAUUGCGAAGAGCUUGGUCCACUGCCUCCUGGAUGGGAGAUUCGUAAUACAGCAACAGGCAGAGUUUAUUUUGUUGACCAUAACAACCGAACAACGCAGUUUACGGAUCCUCGCCUGUCUGCUAACUUGCAUUUGGUUUUAAAGGACGUCUCCACAGUGCUAUCAUGGGGGGGCAGGUGCCAUCCUAUGGAAGAGAUCUGCCACCCCAGCCGACAGAACCAAUUGAAAGACCAACAGCAACAGCAGUUAGUGUCGUUGUGUCCCGAUGAGGCGGAGUGUCUGACUGUCCCCCGGUAUAAGCGAGACUUGGUGCAGAAACUAAAAAUUUUGCGGCAGGAACUUUCACAACAACAGCCCCAAGCUGGCCACUGUCGUAUUGAGGUCUCCAGGGAAGAAAUUUUUGAGGAGUCAUACAGGCAAGUAAUGAAAAUGAGACCAAAAGACUUGUGGAAACGAUUAAUGAUAAAGUUUCGUGGAGAAGAAGGUCUUGACUAUGGUGGAGUUGCCAGGGAAUGGCUGUAUCUGUUGUCCCAUGAGAUGCUGAAUCCGUAUUAUGGCCUCUUCCAGUACUCACGAGACGAUAUAUAUACACUGCAGAUUAACCCGGAUUCUGCUGUUAACCCGGAACACUUAUCUUAUUUCCACUUUGUGGGGCGAAUAAUGGGGAUGGCUGUGUUUCACGGACAUUAUAUUGAUGGAGGUUUUACGUUGCCUUUUUACAAACAAUUGCUUGGGAAACCAAUUACAUUGGAUGACAUGGAGUUGGUUGACCCUGAUCUUCACAAUAGCUUAGUCUGGAUACUAGAGAAUGAUAUUACAGGCGUCUUGGAUCAUACCUUUUGUGUUGAGCACAAUGCUUUUGGUGAAAUUAUUCAACACGAACUUAAACCAAAUGGUAAAAGCAUCCCAGUCACAGAGGAAAAUAAAAAAGAAUAUGUAAGGCUCUAUGUAAACUGGAGAUUUUUACGAGGAAUUGAGGCUCAGUUUCUGGCUCUUCAAAAAGGUUUUAAUGAAGUAAUUCCACAACAUCUGCUGAAGACAUUUGAUGAAAAGGAGUUAGAGCUCAUCAUCUGUGGCCUUGGAAAAAUCGACGUGAGCGAUUGGAAGGUAAACACCCGGUUAAAACACUGUACGCCAGACAGCAACAUUGUGAAAUGGUUCUGGAAAGCUGUGGAGCUUUUUGAUGAAGAAAGGCGAGCACGGUUGCUUCAGUUUGUGACUGGAUCAUCCCGAGUGCCUCUGCAGGGCUUUAAAGCAUUACAAGGUGCGGCAGGCCCAAGACUCUUCACAAUACACCAGAUUGACGCCAGCACUAAUAACCUGCCCAAAGCUCACACUUGCUUCAAUCGAAUAGACAUUCCUCCCUAUGAAAGCUAUGAGAAGCUGUAUGAGAAGCUGCUAACAGCCAUUGAAGAAACAUGUGGGUUUGCUGUGGAGUGACAGCCUUCGCAGACUUACUCGAGACUCUAUUUAUAGUAACUCUCCGUCAGAAAGCCUCCUCCCCUUCAACCAAAAUUCAAGAGAUGCUUGAAAUACAGAAAAACCUUUCCCUUUUUUUUUAAACUCUAGAACUCUGAGGGGAGGACACUUGGAAUUCCUUUUCAAGGAGGCCACUCAGCUGCUAUUUAAAAACUAAUAUCUUGAACCUACAGAAUGCUGACUUUUCCUAUGUUUCCACAGUUAGGCAGUAUUCUGCACUUAAAGACUACUAUUUUUGUAAAAGGUAAUCUGUUCUAUUUGCCUAUCUGAUUUCUACACUCUAAAACACCAAGGCACAACUUCAGCGAUCGGUACAAGUUACGUUUCAACUUGAUUUAAACACAUAUGAUACUGAACAGCACCUAUUCCUGCUCUUUUCAAAAAUAUAAAUAUUUUGGAUUACUCUAACUUUGAAUAAAAUUGGCUAAAAGAAUCAUUAACUUUUAAAUGAAGUCACUUAGCAUGUUAAUUGCAUUUUCCUAUAUUGAAGCAUUAUGAUAUUCUGCAUUAUACAUUCAACAUAAAUGUUACCCAGGUGGUCUUUUUUUUUUAUACUUUUCAAGCAUGAAUUUCCUUGAAUACAGACAUGCCAUUUGGAUCUUGUAUAUCAGUUUGUCUAUUUUUAAGCGCGAUUCUCAUUUCAGUUGCAUUAGGUACAAUGCUGUACUUUUGGGUAUGGAGUGUCCCUUUUUAAAAGAGAGUAAUGGUCAUUUGGAUAUUUUUCAAUAGUCAUUUUUGUAAUGAAUCAAUUUUGGGUUUGCUUUCCAUUUUAAAACGAAAUGCUGCUCAUUACAAUAAACUUCAAAAAAGCAUGCUAAUGAGGUGAUGUUUCCAACUCCUUUGCUGGACAUCAGUUCAUGCCUGAGACAUGAUCUUUCUUGACGUUCCAACUUUUAAAAUGCAUUCAGUUUAUAUUACAUCUUAGUUAAUGCUUCAAGACUUCUAUCAGCAGACCACAUUUAAUCAUUGUUUAGCUGCUCAUGCCGUAGGUUUGCUCAAGUUAUGUUGUGGGGAAGCUUUCUAAAGUAACUCAGCAAACUGUCUUCCUGCCAUUAUCCGAUCAAACUCUCAAUCCAGGUGAGAUGGUUCUAAAAAGGAAUUGAUUUUGCCCCUUACAUUGUCAGUGGGUAAGAGAUGAAUAGAUUUACGCAGAAGAAUAGGAACCCCCAGACCAAUCCAGCUCUUACUCGAGAAGUUAAAUUUAGAAAAGGUGUUGGAAGUCCCUCUGGCUGUAGAGAGGACAGACUGGGACUGUGAAGGUCAGCGUGUGUUUUUUGAUGGUGCCACAAUUUUUCUUUUUAAAGAUCGUUUUUGAAAAUGAUCUGUAAUCAGAGAUUGGUUUAUUAUACACUCUCUUGGCCAUCAGGGAGGGAAGCAGAAAAUUUAGGGACUAGGGAUUGAAAUAAUGGCUCCUGGCUUUUUCCUGUGAUAAUUUUUAAAAUCUGCACAGUUUUUCGCAUUGCUCAGAAACAAUCAGCAAGAACAGUUCUUUCUAGUAAGUUGUCAGGAUAACAGUAGUUUAUUUUUGUAACUGAAAUUGUAGGCCUAUUUAGUUUUGUCCAUUCAUGCCAUUUGUAAACAUACCAAAAUACUCAAUUCUACUGUACUGCUCUUGAAGCAAAAUAACAAUAGAGGUAUCUUUCUCAGAGGUACGGGAUGGGCCCAUUUCUCCCUUGUGGAGCAGAAGCAGAAUCGAUCCACAACUGAACAGCCUGAAUUCAUUUGAGUUUCUCCUCUGGGGUCAAAUGUUCUCUCUAUUUUGGAGCCACUGGCUACCAUUUUGAGGAGUUGUUCAAGUAGCCAGAAAACCCAUUCCGAAACCACCACAUUUCAAGUUUUACCAUCGCACUUGGCUGUAGGCCCUUUAUUUUUGAAUCAUGUCAGUGCAGUGUGCAUUAUGCUUAGAAAGCCUUCCAGUACCAAGGUGUGGUGGAAUCUACUGACAAGGAGAAAGUAUAACGGAGUGAUUACCUGCCCCUCUAAUAUACAAUAUAAAGCUGGUUUUGGCCCCCGACAAAAUUGGGAAACAGUUGUCCAAAGUGUGCUCUGCGGGAGUAUAAUGAUCUAUCAGACUUUAGCUUCCAAUUUAUGUUGGCUAGUUUCCCCCAAAAGGAGCAAGAGAAACAAAAACAAAACUUCCCCGUAAAGUUUCAUGGAACUUGGGACUUCUACCCACAGUUAAUGUGAAUAUUUAUUUCAACCUGUCCCUCUCACCGGCUGUUCCUUUUCCCACUCUUAAUGCCGUGCCAUCUUUUCAUGCUGUGGCUUUUCAUUACAAAUGUUUAAUAUUGAACACUCCUUGAAAACUCAGCUCUACAGUAGAGAGGUGCAUUUCAGAGGAUGUUUCUCAGUGUAAAGAGUUUUGUAAUGGUGCUGUGUACAGUGUGUAAAUUCAUAUGAUUUUUGCACAUGGAUUCAGUUUGCUCCAAACUGAUCUGUUUUUUACCUUUUUCUUGUGUUGACUAAAAUCAAUAGCACAUUUUUUUUUUCUUUCCCUUUUUGGUUGCUUGUCACUACAUCUGUUUGGAACUUAUCAUAGCCAGGCUGCAUUGAUGGAAGUGAGAGGUCUGCGUCCAAUGCCCCAAAGUAAGCUUUGUCAUUCAGACAGUUCUUGUACCUAUAGUCUAAAUGGCACCCUAUAGACCACCAGGUGCAAUUUAUUAUUUUUAACACUCUAUUAGGGUUUUGAUUCUACCAAAUGCAAUGAGUUUUGUUUUGUCUCUUAGAUGUAAUUAGUUUACUUGGUGUAAUAUUCUCCCCUCCCUCAAACUGACUUUUUUUUUUUUAGUUUUAUCAUUUCCAUUGUAUUUGUAUUUAUUACAGAGUGUUUUUAGCAGAUAUUCUUUGUAUGUUCACCCAGCUGUUACUUGAGCUUUACCAAUAACAUCUGUAUAAAUGGUUUUUAAAACUAUGUAUGUGCCCAUGCCGAAUUUGAGCAAUAAAUUGUAUGCGGUUUGCACUGUCACA